GCUGUUGCUUCUGCUGCUGGCGGAGGAGUGGUGGAAGCUAUAAAGCCAAUAAGCUGUUAGCGUCGUCCGAUUAGUAGUAGUUUAGUGUUGUUACUAGCGAGGUGGAAGAAAGCGUGAGCAGACUGCGAGAGAGAUCAUUACACCGCCACAUAGAAUAGCGAUACAACUCCUUACUCACCCCCCACCAAAGCAAUAAAACUACAGAACGAUGAAAUCCGUCUGCCUGAUUGUGUUCGGCGUCGUCGCCCUGGUGGCCACCGUUUCGGCCCAGCAGAAGUACACCGACAAGUUCGACAACAUCAACGUGGACCAGGUGCUGAGCAACGAUCGGAUUCUGAGCAACUACCUCAAAUGUUUGCUGGAGAAGGGACCCUGCACCCAGGAGGGCCGGGAGCUCAAAAAAACCCUCCCCGACGCCCUGCGCACCAACUGCGAAAAGUGCAGCGAAAAGCAGCGAACCAACUCCCGCAAGGUGAUCAGCCAUCUGGAAUCGAAGAAACCGGCCGAGUGGAAGAAACUGCUGGACAAGUACGACCCGGAGGGCAUCUACAAGAGCAAGUUCGAGAAGCUCAACAAGCGGUCCUAAAGUGCCCUAGCUCUUGGGGAGCUUUAGAUGGAUGGAUGGAUGGGUCAUCUAUUUUUUGUGAUAGAUUUUGAACCGCUCGCAGAUGCGGCUCAACUUGUGGGUGUCAGCGACAGUUGUUUCGAGGGUCAACUACAACAGUAGCAGCAGCAGCAGCAGUAUUUCAGUUGGAGGAGUCAAAUGACGGCAUUUUUUUAUCGCCAAUGACAAACAUUAAUCGGUACAACAUAAAUAGGCACGCGCGAUGUAUAUCCACCUUUACAGUUUAGUUAGUGUAAGUUUUCAUAGACCUAAGAAUGAUUUUUAAGUAGAAUCGGCUGUUGAAGUACAGAAAGAAUAAAAAUGUUGUAAAUUUUA